CGCCUCCAGUCUUUACUCUGUCUGGAUGCUUCUAGUAAAAGGAGCAAGGAAGGAGAGACUAGUUCUGUCCGUAGCAAGACCCAGUGGGAGAAGGUGGACGGCGGAGGUCCCUUGCGUCCUGUAGCCACGGGAAAAUGGGGAACGGCAACAGCACUCUGGACGACCUCCAGACAUUGGAGAUCCACCAUUGGUACAAGAAAUUCAUGACCGAGUGCCCCUCCGGGCAACUGACCGAACACGAGUUCAAGCAUUUCUUUGGACUACGAGGCUUGGAACCCGAAGCCAACAAGUACAUAGAACAGAUGUUCCACACCUUCGACAUGAACAAGGAUGGCCAUAUUGACUUCAUGGAGUACGUGGCCGCCCUCAGCCUGAUCCUGAAGGGGAAGAUGGAGCAGAAACUGCGCUGGUACUUCAAGCUCUACGACGUGGAUGGGAACGGAUGCAUCGACCGCAGCGAGCUCCUCAACAUCAUUCAGGCGAUCCGGGCCAUCAAUGGCUGCGACCAUGAGACGAGCGCAGAGGAAUUCACCAACCGAGUCUUUGAUAGGAUUGAUGUCAACGGAGACGGUGAGCUUUCUCUGGAGGAGUUUGUGGAAGGCGCCCGGAAAGAUGACGAAUUCAUGGAGGUGAUGAUGAAGAGUUUGGACUUGGACCACAUUGUGUCCAUGAUCAACAGCGGCCGGCGCAACAGCGUCUAGGAGCAGACCUGGUCGGAGACAGUGGAGAUGAGAUGCAAUAGGUGGCAUGUGGAAGCAAGUGAGAGCAUCUUUGUGGAGUGGGGUGCCAUUGGAGAUGUGGAGACCCCAAAGGAGAGCCAGGGCACUUGGGGUCAGAACAAAACCCACGAUAUCAGUACAAACAACUAGUUGCACUUAGGCUGGUCCUGCAAGUCUCUGAAUGCCGCAUUCUCUUUGAAAUCUGAUUUGCCCCUGACUUGGAGGUCAAGCUUGCCCAUCUUCACCAUGAUCAGGGUGACCAGAUGUGCUCACUGCAAAGGAGAAGAAGGCUCUGCAAAGUAGCACAUUCAAGAAGAACGGAGGACAUGAUGCAAUAAAAACUAAAAAUACUCACAGCGGUAUAAAUUCAUGCUCCUUAGUCACGCUCAAAAUGGAGGACGUUUUGGAAUCCUCCUGGGCAGAAGGAGGACAGUGCCCUGGGAAAGGAGAACGCCUGGUCACCCUGCAUCAUGAUGGGCACUCGCUAGUCCUGGGAAAUUUGCACAUGCUAAAUCCACUAGGAUUUCCUAGACUUGGAAGAACAGCUUUCAUAUUUUUUCAGGAAGGUGUUAAGAGCCUUCAGGGAUAAUUUUGAUUUUGCUAAUUGUUUAUGUCACAACUAUUGCAUUCAGUGAUCCAUGACUAAUAUUAGUACAAAAGAAACAUUACUGUGGGUUCUGUAGGGAGUGGGAUGGGAGGAGGUCACUGGGGCAGAGCAGCGCCAACCCUAGUGA